GUUUUGGUUACUCAUAACUUACUCUUGAAAUAGUUAUUCUUUGUAUUGAUUUUAUAAUAAAAAUUCUUGAGUAACAAUGAGAUAAAUCAAUGUCAAAAUAAUUAUUUAGUGAGGAUUACCUUUGUUUUGUAUCAAACCGCAAGCAUGGAUUUUUUCUAACAACUUUACACAGUAGCCGGUUUAAUGAUAAUGAUGAUGAUAAUAAUGUGAUAUAAUAGAAACAAGAGGCCUUUCAAUUUGUCAAUUUGUGCCUCUGUAUUUGGUAUAUAUGGAAGCAAUCAGAAAACGAAGCAACCACAGACAUCAGAUUUUUUUUUGUUUGUUUGAUUGAUUGCCUAUGAACGAUAUAUGAAAGGAAAUAAAACUCAUUAAUCUGGUCAAAAUGAGUGUUGAUUUGCAUUUGUAAACAAUUCGUAUCAUCAUCAUUAUGAUGUAUUUUUAAUAAUUCACUAAUCGUUCGGCCUUUUUUUCGAUCUGAUCUUUUUAAAAUUAAAUUUCUCUCAUCAAAUCAAAAUAUUUUAAGUCUUUCGAAAUCAAUGUUUUUUUAUUCUUUCACAUCUAAAAAUAACCUUCACUUUUGUGUGAUGCUUACAGUGACAAAAUAGAAAUCGCAUGUUUUCUUUUCUUAUUUUUUCGUCUUUGUUGCUUGAAUCAAAAUCAAAAAUAAAGAAAAUCUAGUCUGUGAUCAUAUCAUUAUCACGAACAAAUUAUGGUUAGUUUAAAUCGGACAUCUGAUGAUAAUGGCAAUGCCAAUAAUCAACAACAACAACAACCGAAUGGAAUUGAAAUUGAUCUCGAUCAAAUUGUUCGUAAUUUUGAUCAACGUACAAGAAUCUAUGAAGAUGCAAUUGCACUUUCGACGUUGUCCACAAAUUUAUCCAUGGAUGAAUCACCAUAUUGUACGGAAACAGCCGAAUUAAAACGUGUAGAUUUUGUUCUUGUUUAUCAAAAAUCUAUUAAUGAUAAUGAUGAUGCAGAAAAUCCAUUAAAUCAUGAAAUGAUACGACGAAAAUUUGAGGCAAAUCUAAUGAAUGAAGGAUUAGUGUUGAAACAUGUUCCAAGUUCAGUAGGAAACAAUGUAAAUUAUGUUCAUAUUUAUGGUCCGUAUGAUGUAUUGGCAAGAUAUGCUGAAGUAAUGGCCAUGAGAAUGCCAAUGAAAACAAUCAAAACAAGUUUAAGAUAUUUAUUUGGUGAAGAAUUUGUUCAAACCGGUCAAACAUUUACAACAGUUUUUUCAAAAGAAAAAGAAUAUCUAUUCAAUAUACCUGAACAUGAUAAAGAUGAAUUUUUUACACCAUCACAACGUGGUGAAAUUAUUGAUUAUAUACUGAAACGAACCCGGUUUAAAGAUAGUAAUGAUUUCUUUUCAAUCGGUAUCCAUAAAUUACUUGCCGAUAAUGUUUAUCUGGCUGCCUAUCCAUUACAUGAUGCCAGUAAAAAUUGUGAAAAUCCGGACGAUUGUACGGCUAUCCGAUGUUAUUUAUUAAAAAAUUGGGCAUCAUUAUUCUGCAUUCUAAAAUAUCAACAAGUGGAUAAAAUUGUCGAUUAUUUUGGUGUAAAAAUUGCCAUGUAUUAUGUUUGGGUUGGUUUCUAUACUUUAAUGUUGAUACCGGCCGUUGCAAUGGGUUUUCUUACAUUUUUAUAUGGUGUAUUAACAUUGGCCAACGAUCAACCUACCAAUGAUGUUUGUUCAACUAAUGACACAUUCCUAAUGUGUCCGAUAUGCGCUAAAAACUGUGAUUUUGUUAAUUUAUCCGAAAGUUGUAUGCCAGCAAAAGCAUCAUAUUUGAUGGGUAAUUUUACUACAGUCAUAUUUGCCAUAUUUAUAUCGAUAUGGGCAACCAUAUAUCUGGAAAUGUGGAAACGUUAUUCGGCCAAAAUUUGUUUUCAAUGGGAUUUGUCCGAUUUCAGUACGAUCGAUGAACCACCAAGACCAGAAUAUCUAGCCUAUCUAUCCAGACAAAAAUCAACAAAAACUCGUAUAAAUCCGGUUACACGUGUUGAAGAACCAUAUAUAUCGUUCGUCCGUGGACGUUUACCAUAUUUUAUAAUGUCAUUUUCAUUUGUAAUGUUAAGUGUUGCUGUUGUAUUGUUGAUUAUGGUAUCGAUUAUUGUUUAUCGUGUUUCAACCUAUAUUGCAUUAAGUACUCAACAUCAAUAUGAAUCAGAAUUUUUACGACAAAAUAUCGAAUGGAUUGUAACAUCAACUGCUGCAACAAUAAAUUUAAUCCUAAUCAUGAUAUUAAGCAUUGUUUAUAAACGUCUUGCAAAAUGGUUAACCGAAAUGGAAUUACCACGUACACAAAAUGAAUUUGAUAAUUCAUUAACAUUGAAAAUGUAUCUGUUUGAAUUUGUCAACUAUUAUUCAUCAUUAUUCUAUAUUGCAUUUUUCAAAGGAACAUUAGCAAAAACACCACCGGAUGGUGCACUACAAACAGGAAAACUAAACAAAUUAAUUGAACCAUGUCCUAUUGGUGGUUGUUAUUUUGAUCUAACCAUACAAUUGGUCAUAAUUUUAUUGGGAAAAAAUCUAUUCAGUUCUAUUCUUGAAUAUCUAAUACCUUAUCUAUACGGGGUUUAUAAUCGUUAUGUUUAUUUUUCGAAUGAUAAAAAAUCAUCAUCAUCAUCAUCAACAUCAAAUAAUCGUGUUAGUAAUCGUGAAUUAAAACAAUAUGAACAAGACUAUCUACUUGAAUCAUGGGAUCAUUCAGUGUUAUUUUAUGAAUAUCUUGAAUUGGUAUUACAAUUUGGUUUUAUUACAUUGUUUGUCAGUGCAUUUCCUUUGGCACCAUUUUUUGCACUUUUAAAUAACAUUUUUGAAAUUCGUUUUGAUGCCCGUAAAAUGUUAAAAAAUUAUAAACGUCCAGUUGCUCAAAGGGUAAAAGAUAUUGGUGUCUGGUAUACAAUUCUGGAUGCAUUGGGCAAAUUAUCUGUAUUUACUAAUGCUGUUAUCAUUGCAUUCAAUACGGAUAUUAUACCACGUAUGAUGUACUAUUUUACCAAUGGAAAUCUAAAGAAUUUUUAUGAAUCAACAUUAUCGAAUUAUGUUAUCAAUGUUGAUGAUGAAGUUCGCGAUAAUAACAUUGAAAAUUGUUUCUAUUAUGGUUAUAGAGAAAAGAAUGGUACCUAUAGUGAACAACAUUGGCAUAUAUUGAUCGCAAAAAUUGUUUUUGUUGUCGUAUUUCAAAAUGUUGUUACGGCUAUAAAUUCAUUUUUAAAAGUGAUAAUUCCUGAUGAACCAGGAUCAUUACGUUUACGUAAACGACAACAUGCAUUUAUUACCAAUGAAUUGAUCAUACAACAUGAACUACAAUCACAACAACAAAAUCUACAGAAACAAAAUACAAAUUAAUAUUUACACAGCAAUAUGGGCGCAAUAUGUGUGUGGAUAUUUAUUUAUUUUUAUUUAUUUUUUUGCAUUAAAGUUGUUCGUCGUUUUCGCCAAUAUAUAAUAUGCAUCCAUCG